GCCAUAUAAUUGCUCCUGCCCGUCCUUCCUGUUCCACUUCCGCCGCAUCCAUCUCGCCGCCGAGCACCCAAACCAAACCCUCGCCGGCUUGCCGCAAUCCACUUGCGGUGCGGAUGGGAGCACCCGGCGCCGGCGCUCCACGCAUCUGAUUAGCCGCCCUCAUGGGAUCCAUGGAGAUCACGACUGGAUCCAUGGAGACGGCCCUCAUGAGCGACCUGACGGCCAAGCUCCCCGGCGACGUCCUGGUGGACAUUAUCUCGCGCGUGCCGUACAAGUCCACCCGCUGCUGCAAGUGCGUCUCCACGCGCUGGCGGGACCUCAUCGCCCACCCGGACCACCGGGAGAAGCUUCCCCGAUCGACCCUCGCUGGCUUCUUCUACAGAACCUUCGACAUGGACCGCUGUCAAUAUGAUUCUCAUGGUUACCGAAGCCUCUCAGGGAACUGGUGCCCUAUUGAUGCCUCCCUCUCAUUCCUGCCCAACUACAAGAAGAUUGACUUGUUGGACUGCUGCAAGGGCCUCCUGCUCUGUCGAUGUUCCAAGCCUUAUCCUGAGACACCGGAUUACGUGGUGGGCAAUCCUGCCACUGAGAAAUGGGUAACUGUCCCCGCCAAGGAAUGGUCCUCGGACUCGUAUGCUCGGUUGGGAUUCGACCCGGCCGUCUCCUCCCAUUUCCAUGUGUUCGAGUUGGUACCUGCCGCUGCUUUGAAUGCGAAUUUGAAGUUUGAUUAUAACAUCAAAGAGGUGGGGAUCUACUCGUCCAAAGCUGGAGGUUGGACACAUCAAAUUGAAUGGAACGAUCCAUUUAAGAUAUGCAACUUUUCAGCUGGCACUUUUCUCAGCGGGGUGUUGUAUUUAUGUUCUGAUAAUAAUUUGGUUGCAGCUGUCGUGGAGGGAAACUGUCGUUUCAUUCCUGCUCCUACUUUACAUGAUGCUUGUGGUCGUCAUGAUGUUUAUGUUUCACGAGGACAACUGUAUGUCGCAUAUUAUGGUGCUGCUGAAGCAUCAAUCUGGGUCCUUGAAGAUUCUAGCAGUGAAGAUUAUUGGACCUUGAAGCACAAUGUUAGCUACCUGCAACUGUUCGGUUCAAGAUCUAAGGGACGUUACGGUGUUAUCUCAGUCCACCCAGAAGACGAUGUGAUAUUCAUAACCGUAGAAUCUAAAUCUACAUUAUCGGGGGACCGAUUACAGUUGAAAUUAUUUUCAUAUGAAAUUGAUUCUAAGGAGCUGAAAUUUAUAUGUGAUCUUGGAAGGAUUUCCAGGCGCCCUUAUCUUUCAUAUGUUCCUUUAUUCUCGGAGUCAUUGGCAGAUGAGCAUUAAUGGUCCUGUGUAUUGGAGCUUCACAGUUGUCCACCUUUCUGAUGAUGAUAGUGGAGUGGGAUCUUGAAUAUGAGGAACAGUAAUCUGGUAAGUUGUGAGAAGCUGUUGGUGCUUGUGAAGUCAUGGACUGACUUUAUGCUGCUAGCUAUUCAGUCAAUUUAGUACUCUGCCUGUGUUUUUGUAGUUCUGUACUUAAUCAUGGAUAUGUGCUGUCUCGUUGAAACUAUUAUGAAUAUUUUAAGAUCUGGAUUCUGGUCUCUGUUAUCUCUCUGUUUGUGAAUAAGUUUACAGUAUA